AUGGAGGAGCUUCCGGCGUCCCUGUUGGUGGAAAUUGUGAGUCGUUUAACGUACACGACGGAUGUUGCGCGGUGCAGGGCGGUGUCGAAGGGCCUAAACUCGGCGUCGUACGAGGUGCGGUGGUUGAACGUGGUGUGUUCCAUGUCGCGCUACCUCAAGUCCCGUUCGCCGGAGACCAAACACCUAGUCACCCCGUUCAAGGACGUCUUCACUGACCUCGUUCGCCGCUCGACUUCCACCCUCGACUCCGUCUCGCUUGGCGUCGACCGCGCCCUCGGCGGCGUCUCCUUCGACGACGUCGAGGAUGAGGCCGACGAUCUCUACCUCACCGACAUGAGCUUCAUCAAAGAGUGGCUUCCCUCCGUUUCCCACACCCUCAAAUCUUUCUCCAUCUCCGAUUUCUGGCUCCAGUCUUGUUGGCGCCGAUCCGAAGCCUUAUCCCUCAUCUCUUCCACGUGUGAUAAUCUUGUGAAAUUGGUUGUGAGGAAUGCGUGGUUAUCCGUGGAUGGUUUGUGUUUGAUGCCAACGUUGAGAUAUUUGACCCUUGAGUUUGUAAGACUGGAUGAUGAGGAUUUAAGCAGGAUCAAUGCUUGUUUCCCUAAUUUGACUCAACUCAAUCUUAUUGGCGUUGGUGGGCUUAAGGAGCCCAAGAUUAAUCUCUUACACCUUACCACUUGUAAAUGGUCGGUCUCAAAUGCUCCACUUUCUUUGAUCAUAUGUGCACCUAGCCUUGUUGAUUUUAAUCUCAGAUGCAUCAAACCUAGGUUGGUUGUCCUCGAAGCCCCUUCCUUGUCCAAUUUUAAUCUCUCACUCGAGAAUACUGAUGAACUCAGGUUGAAAAAUUGUGCUAAUAUACAAUGCCUUCAGCUUAGUGUAGAAUGCCUCUCUCUUGGUUUUUUGUUUAGCAUGUUUCGUCACUGCAGCACGGUGAAGAGACUUACCUUGGAUUUGGUGGGAAGAACAGAACAGGUUGAUGUGGCAGAGUUUGGGAUUGAUACUUUGUUGGAUUGUUUUCCGAACAUAACAUGUCUUAAUUUAGGUCCUAGAGCCUGGCAUGUGAUGGAGAAUUCUUUUAGAAGGGGAGGUUUGGAAGAUGGGAUUGGCAUGAAGAUGAUAAAGCAACUUAUUGCACAUCUAGUGGUCCAUGAAAUGGGGGUUACCCUUGCAUUUAUUUCCUCUGUUUUGAAUAAAAGCACCGAAUUAUCUGAUGUUUCGCUUCUUAUCCAUCGUGAUGUUGAUUCAUAUGUUGCUGGCAGCCUGAUCUCUUCAUGCAGAAGCAAAUUCCCAAGAGUUAGAUGGAGAUGGGGAAUUUGGAAAGAAGGAAUCAAGGAUACUUGGGUCUCUGAUGGCAUCUAG